ACCAGCAUACACUCCCUAUUCGACAGAGAAACGACAACGAAGAUGAGGUCAGCAGCAUACAUCCUCUUGGGCUUCCUCGCCUCCACCGCGUUCGCAAACCCUAUCCCAGAACCUGAGGCAGGAAUCGAGAAAAGGCAAGUCGUAGCCGCCGGUGCUGCAAAUGCCGCUGCUGCCGUGACGACGACUACAAACCCGGCUGCUGUUGCUGCUGCGGCCGCUGCCACUACUACUACAAAUGCUGCUGCAGUUCCUGCCGCUGCUGCUGCGACGACUGGUACCACUACGACUAACGCUGCCGCCGCCGUCGCCGUCGCUGCUGCUGCUGCUGCCGCUGCUGCCACCACCAAGACCACAAAUACUGGUACUACCACUACAAACGCUGCUGGCGUAGCUGCUGCUGUCGAUACUACUACGAUUGCCGCCGCGGCCGCGGCUGCUGCUGCAGAGACCACGACCACCCCUCUAGCAACCGCGACAACUGCAACAACCCCCACCACUACAGCUGCUGCUGCCGCCGCAAUAACCACGGCGACGACCGCUACAACUACAGCCGCUGCUAAUGGUGCUGCAGCAGGUGGAGGUGCCGCUGUUGCUGCUGCUGCAACUACUGCUGCGGUCGAGCCUACGACUGUCUGGGUCACGCUCUACAACUCUGCAUCGGUUGGUACUGCAACCGUCGCGUCUCUAUACUCGCAGUCUUUUUCUAGUUUCGAUGGAAGUGUCCUGUCUGUGCCAAGUGGAAGUAUCGGAAUGGGAUCUGAGACGGGAACGUACGGUGCUGUGAGGACGGCUGGUGCGGAAAGAUUGGCUGUGCGGUAUGGUGUUGGUGCUGCUGCUGUUGUCGUUGGAUUGGUGAUGCUCUAGAGGAUGGACAUUACACGAAAGGCAAGAACAAGGAAAUCAAGGACUAUUAUACCGUGUUGAGCAGGCUUAGACAACGUACGGACUUCAGACAAUAGAAAGGACAAUGCAUCCGUUGAUUGAACU